AAGAGGUAUUAAUGAAUGAAUGAAGAGGUCAGUAAAGAGAAAACCCUGAAUGGUUUCGAAGGCAUGCCUCGGGGUGUCAAAUCCGGAGAGAGACAGACAUGGAUAUCUUUCUUUCGUGAUUUGAGUGGGAUGUACAUCCAUCCUGUAGGUUUGGAAGUUUUAAUCAACCACGAAAGCACCAACGCGUCUCUUUGGAGUGUGAAGAGAUUACUUUAUAACGGACAGUACUUCGACAGUGUGGAGGAUCUUAUAAAACAAUAUGAUGCCGGGACAGUGACUAAAAUUGUGUAUAAACCUGUCCAGAARUAUGCAUCACUCAAACCUAAAAGUAAACCCACCGGUUUAAGCCCUCAGCAGUUUUACGCGCAAGGUAAACGCUUCAGUGUCAAGAAUAAUCAUGUCAUGUAUCUCGAAUGGAGUUUUGCGUUCGGUCUGAGUUCCCUCACCGGUAUGAGAGUUUUUGACAUUCGUUUCAAGGGGGAGAGGAUAGUUUAUGAGCUUAGUGUUCAAGAGGCAAUGUCAGUUUAUGGUUCCAUCACACCCGGCAUGAUUCUGACUAAGUUUUUGGACUCUAGUAUCGGAAUAGGUCGCUUUGCGCACGAGCUCGUUCGAGGCGUGGAUUGUCCGUACGCGGCAACCUACAUCGACACUUUCCGAUACAUUGACGUCAGUGCACCUCAUAGAUUCAGGAAUUCAAUUUGCCUUUUUGAGCACAAUACAGGCCGUCCUCUCAGAAGACACUUCUCGGACUUUUUCAGCAAUAGUUAUGGAGGCAUGGUAAACAGUGCCUUAGUUUUUAGGACCAUUACGGCCAUAGGUAACUAUGACUACUUGUGGGACUUCAUUUUUUACCAGAGCGGCUCUGUUGAGACCAAAGUGCAUGCCACUGGAUACAUAUCGUCAUCUUUCAAUGUUGAUGGCAAUCUCAAAUACGGACACCAGGUGGCAGAAAAUACUAUUGGGAACAUCCACACUCAUUUCAUCAACUUCAAAGUUGACCUGGACGUGUUYGGGGUUGAGAAUGUAUUCCAGACCAAGGACAUGAAGUUUAUGAAUGUUUCUUUACCCUGGAUGCCGGAGCGCUAUGCCAUGGUUCCUCAGCUGGUGGAGGCCCAGCUAAAGACUGAGAAGGAGGCUGCUCUCCGCUACGACACCAAGACGCCACGCUACCUUCACAUCGCAAGCAACCGCACCAACCGCUGGGGCCACCAACGCUCCUACCGCCUCCAGGUGGUCAGCUUCACCGGUGACAGCCUUCCAGAGACGGAGCCAGAGGAGAAGUCCAAGUCUUGGGCUAGGUAUAAAGUGGCCAUCACUAAGCACAAAGACUCGGAGCAGACCAGCAGUAGCCUGUACAGUCAGAACAACAUGUGGACACCAGCAGUGGACUUCAGCAAGUACAUUGAGGAUGACGAGAGCAUUGAGAACCAGGACCUGGUUGCCUGGGUAACCACCGGCUUCCUCCACAUUCCUCAUGCUGAGGACAUCCCCAACACAGUUACCGUUGGAAAUGGAGGCGGAGUGAUCCUGAGACCACAUAAUUACUUUGAUGAGGACCCGUCUAUUCACUCUCCAGACGGGGUGUACAUCAGCCCAGGGUCAGAGGGAAACUGUGAAAAUAACAAGAUGGCCUGCUUGGCUGAAGACGCAUGCAGCCCAGUCGUUGAACCGUUCACCUACAAUGGGUUUGAAGGGACCAUGAAGUUGAAGGGACCAUGAAGUCCCCAGUCCCAAUCCUGAGUGUGCUCUGCGCUAAACACUAAAACACUUAUGAAAAUUUGAAAAUUUGAAAUAAUUAAGAAACAAUUUUGGAUUUCUAACUUGGCAUGGACUCUACAAGUUGUCAAAAGUGUUCCACAGGGAUGCUGGCCCAAAUUGACUCCAAUGCUUCCCACAGUUG